UAGAACUUUUGGUAGUAUAAUCCUGUAAAACAUGAAUUUUUUUAACGUUCCAGAUGAAUUUAAAAAAAACCCAGAACUUAAUGAAGAAGAUUUAAAUCAUCUCAGAGAAUGGAUAUCCAAACAACCACACCUUCCAAUCGUUACAGAUGAACUCCUCGUGCUAUUUUUUCACAGCUGUUUUUAUCGAUUGGAACCGACUAAAGUAACUAUAGAGUCGUAUUUCACUCUUCGCACUCAUUCGCCCGAAUUAUUCACAAAACGAGAUACCGAUGUAAAAUCUGUGUUAGAAGCAUUUAAAACUAUAUCGUUUAGUGCAUUGCCGGGAUCAACUCCAGAUGGUUGCAAAGUUAUAUUUAUAUACGCAAAACGAGUAGAGGCAGAAUUGUUUGUUUUAUCUGAUUUCAUUAAAGCACUCAGCAUGGUGAUCGAUAUGUUGCUAAUGACUUCAGGAACUUUCAACGGACUUAUAAUUAUUUAUGACAUGAAAGGUUUUAGUCUUAGUCACGUCGGUCGUCUUGGUAUCAAUAUGAUGAAAAAAUACGUGUAUUUCUUGCAAGAUGGAUUACCGGCUCGUCUACAAGCUAUUCAUACAAUAAACACAGUUCCGUUUAUUGACAUGAUAACUAGUAUGACGAAACCUUUUAUGAAAAAAGAAUUAUCCGAGAAAUUGUACUACCACUCGGCUGCAGAUUCCGAAACGAUAUUUGAUUAUAUACCAAAAGAAAUAAUGCCAAUUGAGAUCGGAGGAAGUGGACAAACUCUACAAAAUUUAAGCGAUGAUACAUUUGACAAAGUCAAAGCAAUGAGAAAAUGGUUCUUAGAAGAAGAAAACUACAGAGUAGAUGAACAAAAACGUCCGGGUAAACCAAAGACGGAAAGUGACUAUUUUGGCGUUGAAGGUUCUUUCAAGACUUUAAAUUUGGAUUGAAAUAUUAUAAUAUUGUUAUUGUUUUGGGACACAAAUUAUAUUUAUAUAGAAGAAAUAGAAUACUUAUUAGGUAAUCAUACUAUAAAAGUUUUAGUCAUAAAGAAGGUUGUACACAAAAUAAUAGGAUAAAUUAAAAUAUUAUACUUAUAUUAUAGUUAAUUAUAUCUAUCAAGUUUAGUAGGUACUUUACAUAAACAUAAUGUUAUUCAGAUUCAUAUAUCUCUUGCAUGGCUAAAUAUUAUAGUAAAUAGUCCAUUAUAGUUUGUCAGCCUACUAGCCUAGGCUAUUUUAUAUUAUAUUUAUAUUGUUAUAAUAAAUACAGUAGCCAGUAAGUUGAAUUAAUAUUAUUUGCAUUAUUUGCAUUAUUUUAAUAUUCGUAUAUAAUAAUAUACUUGAGAAAUUUCAAGUACCCACAAAUAAUAUUUUUAAAUUACAACAAAUUAAGAAAAUCGCUUCAUGAGAAAUUAAGUGAGUAUGCAAUAUGUUGUAAAAAUUUGAUUUGACUUUUCGGUAGACAUUUUGUUUUUGAUAAGGGAAGACAAACUUAUAUGAGGAAUAUUGUAUUACAUUUUAAAUUUUUUAAAACUAAAAAUAUCCGUAAACAGCUCAAAACAAUUCAAAAAAUUUUGAAAAUGGUAUGGUGUAUAGUAAUAGAUAUAGUUAUCCUGGUAAAUUGAAUGUUAUUUUAUCAUUAUGUGUUCGUACUAUUAACAAAAAAAGAAAUACUAUUAUACCAACGUAGAUUAAUAUUAAUCUUAUAUUAUGAUAUUUCUUAUAAUAUAUAUAUUUAUUCUCAAUCAAGUAUUUUUUUAAUGAUAAGUGGAAGUGUUUAUCUCGAACCGACCUUGCAGAUUUAAAAUACCUAUGUGUUGCAUUUUAAAUAGUUUUGAAAAUAAUUUAGAUUAAUCUAUAACUUUAGAAAUAUAUUAUAUACCUAGUUAACUAACAACAAGUUGUGUAUUAAAGUGUUUCACACCUUGCGGCUUUCAUAUUAUUAUCAUAUAUGCCAUAAUAUGGUCUUCAACAUAUGAUGUAUGUAUUAUAUAAUAAUAUAUUAAUACUAAGAUGGCUAGGUCUAUGUAUAAUUUAAAUCUAACGUAACAUAUGUAAAAUAUGUUAAAAAAAUAUGUAUACCUACCGUAAAUAUGUACCUAAUAUAUCGCACAUAAGUAGUUUUCUAUAUUCUUCACUAAAAUAAAA